ACUCCAACUCCUCAGAGCUUAUAAAUACAGAACCAAAUCUUGGUUACCAGAACAACAUAACAUAUAAAACCAUCAACAUAAAGUGUUCAAACAAUGACACCCUUAUUGUAUUACUCUCUCCUCUCUAUAACCUUCAUCAUAACCAUCAAAAUAAUUAUCCAAAUCCAAUCAAGAAAGCUAAAAAACCUUCCACCUGGUCCACCAACAAUUCCCAUAAUUGGCAACCUCCACCAAUUAAAACACCCUAUGCACCACACCUUCACAACACUAUCUCAAAAAUAUGGUGAUGUACUUUCACUAUGGUUUGGUUCACGUUUAGUUGUCGUUGUCUCUUCACCUUCUUUAGUUCAAGAAUGCUUUAAUAAAAACGAUAUUGUUUUAGCAAACCGACCACAGUUGUUAGCUGGAAAAUACAUCUUUUACAACUAUACCACCUUAGGUUCCUCUUCUUACGGAGACCAUUGGCGUAACCUACGUCGUAUAACAGCUAUUGAUGUUCUCUCAAACAAUCGUCUUAACUCCUUCUUAGGAGUUCGAACAGACGAAACAAAUAGACUUAUACAAAAGCUUCUAAACGACACUGUUUCUGAUCAAGGUUUUACAAAAGUGGAACUAAGACAUAGACUAACGGAGAUGACGUUUAAUGGUAUGAUGAUGAUGAUAUCUGGAAAAAGGUAUUAUGGAGAUGACAGAGACGUGACGGAUGUUGAAGAAGCAAAACAAUUUAGAGAUAUAAUAAGUGAGAUAAUGUCUUUGUUAGGUGCUAAUAAGAGUGAAUUUUUGCCUUUUUUGAGGUUGUUUGAUCUUGAUGAUUUGACGAAGAGGUACAAGAAGAUUGCCAAAAGGGCUGAUGCAUUUUUGCAGGGACUUAUUGAGGAACAUCAAAGUGGAAAUCAAAGUAAUGGAGAUACUAUGAUUGAUCACCUUUUGAAUUUAAGGAAGUCACAACCUGAGUAUUAUUCUGAUCACAUGAUCAAAGGUCUUAUCCAGGCUAUGCUUCUUGCGGGAACAGACACGUCAGCUGUGACAAUAGAAUGGGUGAUGUCUGAAUUAUUGAACCAUCCAGAUGUUUUGAACAAAGCAAAAGAAGAAAUAGAAACUCAAAUUGGAAAAGACAAAUUAAUAGAAGAACAUGAUUUAUCAAAACUCCCAUACCUACAAAACAUAAUCAAUGAGACACUUCGAUUGCAUCCACCAGCUCCACUAUCAUUGCCACAUUAUUCUUCUGAAGAUUUUACUCUUGGAGGAUUCAAUGUUCCAAAAGAUACCAUAAUAUUGACUAAUGUUUGGGCUAUUCAUAGAGAUCCAAAAUAUUGGAGUGAUGCUUCGAGUUUUAAGCCCGAGAGAUUUGAAAUAGAUGGGGAACUAAACAAAUUGAUUGCAUUUGGAUUAGGAAGAAGGGCUUGUCCAGGACAAAGUUUGGCCCAUCGUACGGUGGGCUUGACAUUGGGCUUGUUGAUUCAAUGCUUUGAAUGGAAACGUGAAACCGAAGAAAAAAUUGAUUUGAGGGAGGGCAAAGGACUCACCAUGCCAAUGGGUGUUCCACUCAAGGCCAUGUGUAAACCACUACCUAUUGCCAAUUAUAUUAUAAGCUGAUGAUACUAAUUAAUUAUGGUAAAAGCCUUAGUUUGUAGUAACUAGGGUUAGUCGUUAUAGUUAAGUUACUUUCUGUUAAUUGUUGGGUGUUGUUUUAUGUGUGUACCGUUGGCAUUUGUAAUAUGUGAUAAUUGAAGUAAUAAAGUUUUCUAUAUGUGUUUGAUGUGAA